AUGCCGCCUUCCAAGCUCCUCCACCUGAAGAACUUGGAGAUUACACUCCUUGGUACUGUAGCGGCCUUCUUCCCCUGCUAUGAUUUAUUUUCUAUGGUCUCUUUCCUAGAUGCUUCUCCUGCCUUGGAAUCUUUCGUCCUGCGUGUAAAAACGGGCGCUCUGAGGCAUGGUCCUGUUGUUGGAGAUUACGACGAAGCAUACCUAAGGCGGAAGCCUGGGUGUCGGCAUGAACGCCUCAGGCAGGUGAUGAUCACAGGCUUCUGUUCAGCCAAGAGCCUGGUUGAGCUUGUGAUCUACAUCCUGGAGAGCACACCUUCACUCAAGCGCCUCACACUGGACACAACUCAAGGCCCCGAUAGAAAGUGUGGUAGUGGAGGCUGUGAUCAGAUACAAGUUUCCAAGGCCGUGGAGGCUGCAAGCAGAUACAUUGCUGGGAAGGUUCCCCCGACAGUUGCAUUCCAGGUUCUGUAG